AUGGGUAGUUGGGAGAGAGUAUCACUGAGCGUGGUAGUGACUGUGUUGUUCCUCUUGACAACGUCGUUGGCGGAAAAGGAGAAACCAGGCAUUGCGGUGUACUGGGGGCAGAACCCUGGAGAUGGGAGCUUGCAGGAUACAUGUAACUCUGGCAACUAUAAGAUUGUCCUUAUGAGUUACCUCAAGGAAUUCGGUUGUAACAGAGACCCAUCAUUAGAUUUUGAUGGGCACUGUGGUGUGGGAAUCAAGCCUUGUAAGAGUCUACAUUCGGAAAUACAAGGGUGCCAGAAAAAAGGUGUGAAAGUGCUCCUUGCCCUCGGUGGACCGAGUCAAUCCUACUCCCUUUGCUCAUCCGACGAUGCAAAUGUGGUUGCCAAUUACCUCUACGAUAACUUCCUCAGUGGUCAAGGAGGCCCAUUUGGUAAGGUUACCUUGGAUGGCAUUCAUUUUGAUAUUCAAAUCGGUACAACCUCUUAUUGGGAUGACCUUGUGAAUGAACUCGACAACAUCAGAGAGGACAAGGACACUAAAUUUUCCUUGUCCGCAGCCCCUCACUGUUUUCUCCCAGACCUCUACCUUGACAAGGCCAUCAAAACUGGCAAAUUUGAUUACAUCCAUGUUAAAUUCUUCGGUAGAAAGACGUGUGAGUUUUCUGGUGAUGACGCUUCACAGGUUCUCAAGUCAUGGAAGGCUUGGGUCAACAAUGUUAAAGACUAUGAGGAUACCUCCUUAUUCAUGGAGCUACCGGCAGCAGCAGAUCAGGAAGGUUAUAUACCACCUCAACAUCUUAAGGAGGAUGUCAUUCCCUACAUAACCCAAGCUCCCUCCUUUGCAGGAAUUACUCUCUUCGACAGAGCACAUGAUGUUAUUUCUCGAUACAGCCAAAUGGUCAAGUCUUCUAUUAACUCUGGAGACUGGAGCCCAUGCACCAAACUCCAACCCGAAAUACAACACUGCCAGCAGAAAGAUAUCAAAGUGUUCCUUUCCCUUGGAGCAGCUUUCGGACCCCAGGAUGCAAAAGAAGUUGCCAAUUACCUCUUCCAAAACUUCCUCAGUAACCAAUUUGGUCCACAGGGAAGUGUAACACUGAACGGCAUCGAUCUUGACAUUGAAGGUGAUGGUUAUUGGGACGACCUUGUCAAGGAACUAGACGAUCUCCGACAGCAAAACCAUUCUGCAAUAACCCUCCAUUUCAAUACUAACCUGGCAAUACUGCAUUACUUUUUAAUUAAAGGAAAAGUUGGACCUCCCACGUUCCUCCCAACAACACCGUCUUCUUGGGAUUACCAGCUGCGCCGGACGCAGCCCCUAUUGGAGGCUAUAUGUGCUUCCCUUUGUAAAGCAAGCUUCUAA